GACAGUGUCUGACACUGUCUUUCCGACAGACCUGUUCUUCACCUACUGCUUGCGUUGUGGCCGAAACGUCGUGAGAAUUGUAUUUUAUUAUGUUUUAUUUUUAUUAUUUCCCUUCUACGUGACUUUACCGAAAGAACCAUGAAGAUGUGGUUCUUAUGUCUGUGAGUGCCACUGGCUGCCCACGCGGUUGUUUAAAGUGCGAGGGUUGCCGCGCAAGUUGCAAAGACGCAGUGGCGCACGCGAUUAAUGGCUGAGCCUUGUUCUUUGACAUCAGCGCCCCUCACUCAUUGCUCGAGAAAUAAAACUCAAAAAAUAUUGCACGACCACGGGCCACGUCUGUAUUUAUUUUGUGCGUCUUUGGGAGUGGUGGCACACAUCCCACUACAUUCCAGAGCUUUGCGGGCAAGGGUGGGUUGAUCGCAUGACCUUGUGAUAUUUACAAACCCACUGGACGGCGAGUUUCCCGGGAAAUUGCAGUACAACAAGCGGGCUUGUGUCUGCUGACCUUGUUAAGAUCCUCGCACGUGUGGGUAUUUCCUCGAUCUAUUACCAUUCUAGUGCGCGAUUACACAUGGUUUGGCCAUGACAGAUGGGUGGGCCUUAAACUUUAUAAAGCCUCAGCACUCAGGUCAAUUGACGUUCUCCAAGAAGACUCAAUUUCAGUUAAACUCCGGUAAAGAUUCUCCCUCCCAGAUGUGUGCACGUUUCAGGCAAUGGUCCUUCGUAGCAAAUAAACGCAUAUGCAAUGAAGAAGGGACCUUUCCCGAAACGUCACCUAUUAUGUUUCCUUUUAAGGCCGUGUUAUUAACGUAUGUGUUGAGUGUUUUUGGGUUUAUGGUUGGGAUGGAUAUCUGCAGGGGGACGUUAUUCUCCACGAGACUCGGCUUCUUUCCCCGGAUCUGCAGGGACAGCAGACGCCCCAAAGAAUGAAAGCUGCUCAUUUGCAGUCGCAGCCCUGACUGUGCCAGCCGUGUAAAUUCCACAGUCCCGUGGCGGGGACUCAUUUCCACGCAGGACAACCGCUGAUGACUUCCGCAGAGUGGUGGUGCCGAUUCCACCACUGAUCGAGUUAAACUCGCAGCCUCCGAUGGUACUAGCGUCGGAAUCUUGACAAGUUCGCGGGAGAGCGAGGAUCAGGAUGCGUGCCCUGCAAUGAACUCUCAAGAGUUCACCAGCACCAGAGCAACUCUUCUUCGAGCGCCACAUGGCACAACCAAGAACAGAACACGCACAAAAAUAACACCAUAAAGCCAUUACGUACAAUUUUAUUGUAGAAUAAAUAAUCUUCACUUGGAACCCUUGGAGUGAGGAGUGUAACUUUACCUCGUGUCAGAGAACGUUCCAGAAACAUGACUUCACAGAACUACUUCUGAGGUCGCUUCGAUAGACGUGUCGCUCACACUAGUUGGGACACUUUGGUGCACGGUAGUUUCCAGCAGUGAGUCAAGCCACCGUGAACGAGACAAUGGAGGCACAGCCACCGCUCGCGUCUCCCACUUCCCCCGCGUCUCUCAUCACGGACAUCUGUAAUGUCUCCACGGACGACUCGUGCCACGGGUGCCCAGAGACCUUCAUCUUCCGCUCGUCCUCCCCGGCCUUGGAGCUGCUGCCUCAGAUGAACGAGUUCCGUCUGCAGGGCAUCCUCACCGACAUCUCCCUGCACUGCGGCGCUGCCGAGUUCCGCUGCCACCGCGUCGUGCUGGCCGCCUGCUGCCCCUACUUUCGGGCGAUGUUUUCCCACGGAUUCCGCGAGGGGCUUGAGGACUCGGUGCGGCUGGGCUCCGUGCCGGCGCGCACCCUCGCCUCGCUCCUCGACUUCGCCUACACGGGCGAGGUGUCCAUCUCAGAGGAGAAUGUCGGCGAGCUGCUGCAGGCCGCGUCCAUGCUGCACUUCAGGGAGGUGGAGGGGGCCUGCUGCUCGUUCCUCGAGCGCCGGCUCAGUCCCCAGAACUGCCUGAGCCUCAUGGCGCUCGCCGACACUUUCGGCUGCCCGGGGCUGUGCGGCAGGGCGCGGGCGAUGGCAUUGAGCCGCUUCAGGGAGGUGGCGGAGAGCGGCGCGGCACUGGCGCUCACGGGGGAGGAGCUCGCGCGCUACCUGGAGGACGACCAGCUGUGCGCGGACGAGGAGACCGUCUUCCAGACCAUCGUGGCGUGGGUUCGGCAUGACCCGGGCAGCCGGCUGCAGCACCUCGAGCGACUCUUCAUGAAGGUCCGGCUCGAGUACGUGGACCCACAGUUCUUGGCCGUGUUCGUGGCCCGCGAUCAGCUGGUACGCGCGUCUCCUCCGUGCCGCGCCCGCGCCGACAACGCCGUCGCCAAAUUGACAUCCCCGCAAUAUCACCAGCGCCACAACAACUGCCACAACUCCGAGGAUGGUUCCUCCUCUUCCUCCUCCUCUUCUUCGCCGCCCGGCUGCUCCUCACCGCCUCCACGCCACUGCUUCCUGCGCGAGCACCUGGUGAUCCUGGGUGGCCGUGCGGACAGCGCCCGCACCACGCGCUCCGUGCUGCUGCUGGAGACCGCCACGCUCGAGGAGCAGCCACUGACCUCCUGGCUGAGCCUCCCCAAGCUGCCCGGGCGCUACCGCCAGCCGUCGGCCGCCACGCUGCACGGUGCUGUCUAUGUGACGGGCGGGAUCCGCGUGGGGCCGGGGGCCUCGCUGGGGGCGCCGUGCACCGACGUACACCGCUACUCACCACGCGCCGCCGCCUGGAAGCCCGCGCCGCCACUGCUCGCACCGCGGUACGGGCACCAGAGCGUGGCGGUGGGAAGCCGCCUGUACGUGCUCGGUGGCGUUGGCGGUGGGGGCGGCGCCAGCGGGGAGGCGGCACUGCUGUCGGUGGAGCGGUACGAGUCGACCGAGGGCGAGUGGCGCUGGGCGGCACCCAUGCCCGUGGCCGUGGGGCAGCCGGCUGUGGCUGCGGUGCAAGGACGCAUCUACGUAAUCGGCGGAGAGGAGCUGCGGUCCAAGACGCCCGCGCGCAUCAUCCAGAUUUAUAACACAGAGUGCGACGCGUGGUUCAGACUGGAGACGCGGAUGGUGAAGAACAUCAGUGCCCCCGCUGUGGUCGUGGAUGAUAAGAUCAUCGUGAUUGGCGGUUACACGCGGCGUGUGCUCUCCUACGACCCGGCGUCAAACCGCUUCUCGCGGCUGGCCGACCUGCGGGAACGCCGCGCGCAUCACGCGGCGUGCGUCCUGGAUGGCCGAGUCCUCGUGUCAGGCGGCAGGGCCAUCACGCCCACGCCCAGCGUCGUGGACUCGGACUCGCUGGAGUUGUACGACCCAGCCGUGGACGCGUGGGCGCCCGCGGGAAGACUGCCGUACUGUCUCUUCCACCACUCGUGCGUCACCCUGCGCAGCCCCCUGCUCCUAUUCGACGGCGCCACUUGAGAAUGUGAUCGCAGUGUCAGCCGUGGUGUAAAGUUACAACAACUAAAGCGCCUGGGAAGCUCAAGUGGGAUGCACGGAGAGCUGGGAACGUCUCCUGCCGUUAGCCCCACCCACUCUUUAAUAGCCACGCCCACUCAACCACUAGCCUGGCCCACACAGUGAGCAAGCCUCCUGCCCACUCUCUAACAUUAGCCCUGCUCACUGCUCACGGGCCUCACCUGCUCCUCUGCCAGCCUUGCGCACAAAUCGGGCAGCCCCGCCCUUUGCUCAUGUCAUGAGUCGAGCAUGAGGCCAGGACAUUUGAAAGAUCCUGAUUUGCGCAUUAGCUUCGAGACACGAGGACAUCCUUUCUAAAAUAAGGAAUUUCUGGCAAAACCAGGACGUUCAGCUGUUUUAAUGCAGUGGCGCAGGUCUGUGACAUCACAGUGCAUUGUGCAGAUGCCGUCGCUCGCUGUAAGACUCAAAUUGAUGCAAGGCAUGAUGGGCAGCAUAUUGCAGUACAGCAAGUGGGUUCCGGACCUGCCUGUAUGCCAUUUGAGAGUGUUUCUGUCGAAGAGGAAUUUGCCAAACAUCUGAAUGUAGGACCUGUCUGACAGCAAUGUCUUGAGACUAAGUAAGGCUUUUCUAGAUAAUAAACAUUUGUCUACAUUAUUAAUAUUAAUGUAGGAGUUAUAUUGUACACGUGGAGUUAUUGUUCUUCCCAAAAAGAAUUCAUCCACGAUUGGAAUCGUCACUUUAAGUUAUGGCAAUCAAAUUGUAGUGUUUGUGGUGGUGGAGAAUCUUGACAUCACUAAUUCAUGUUAAACGAACGUGUACACAGGAAUAUUGCUUUCAAGUGGAGUAUGAUGAUAAAGUGCAGUGUUGUAGAGUACAAACGUGACGGUUCAGUACUAUCGCAUUCAAUGUUACAAGUGGAGUCAACAGUAUUUCGAUUUUCAGAUCAACAAACAAUCAUACUUUUGUCUAUUACGCAAGCACUCAGUAUUGCUGACAAAUAACGUAUGAACGACGCGUCCUUAUACAGUAUUGUGUAAUAAUGGAAUAGUUUGCACAUAGGUUAGACUAGUUAACUCACAAUUGAAAAGCUGGAAGUGAAAAUCUGCCCAUAAUUUCUCCGUGAGUUAAUGAGAGACGUGUCACUUUGUACGAAGCCAAAAGUCAACAAACGUAUUUGGGAAUGACACCCAAUGACCUGUGAAUGUGGAAUUUCCACCUCUGACUCUGGGUCAUGGACAGAUCAAUACAGGAGUUAUAUAUGGCUCUGGGCCAUUAAAUACUGGACAUCUGUGAAAAAGAGCUUGAUAUCUCAUCGUUUUCCUCCAGUAUUAACAAAGAUUCUGAUUCUGAGAUAUGAGGACCGUCCCAUGUGCCCGUUUGGGCAGGGAGACGAUUUGACUUGGCUAUGCACAAUGAUCCCCAUGCUUUGGAUUGGAACUCAACUUUCUGAUUUUCGAGCACUCUGCCAGAGCGACACCCAGUGGCACAAGGUGAAACCUAGUGCCUCGAUUAUUAAUAUUGACACGAAUCGCCACAGUCAGUAGAGUUUGAUUAAUUCCAAUAAACACACACGAGCAUUUUUUGCAUUUUUUAAGUGUUGUUAUAUUCCAUAUAAUUGUAGUACUUUGAAAGUAUUACAUUUUAUUAGAAUGUAUGCACAGCAUUGGUGGUGUUUGCUUAGUUUUUUCUUUUUCACAUAUUUGUAUUGUUCAUUGUAAAUUUAUGUGUUAGAUGUAAUGGACAAUGCAUUGGACACGAAAUGUUGUACAAUGCGGACACACUGCCAGUUGUAAACCACACCAAUCGUGAACAUCCCAUAUUUAGGCUCUGUGGAGAUUUCAUUCUUGGCGCAGGGGUCUCCAAUUAAGAUCAGUAUUUCCUCACACUUGAUGGACAACCGACACAUUUUGACCUUUGGCUUGACUUCAGUCUUACAUGCUGCCACUGCAAGUGCUGUUAGGUGAGCAGCAGUGCCGUAUUAUCCUAGUAGCAAAAGUAGCAUAUGCUACGGGCCCCGCGCUAAAUGCUUUCAAGCUAUGCUAUCAAUUUCAGUUCAGUGAUUCUGCACUUGGUCUAUUACUAUAGUACUAUUACUACCUUCAACUUUUAUGAACGCCUGUGUUUAAGGUUAACGAUUUGUCGUAUUAUCUUGCUGUAUAGCAAUUGAAAAAAUACAAUUACUUUACUAUGCAAGUAAAAAAUGUGUGUUUUAAUAUUUUUGUGUUUAAAAUAAAAUAGGGCCCUUUUAUAACAUGUGCUACAAGCCCCGCACUAGCUCACUGAUGAGCAGCACCUAUUUAGGCUCAGACAAUACCUGGAGGGGUGUGGGCAACAACACCACACACAGGCCAUCCUUAUGCAACUCCGCAUUGCUCAUGAUGAUGUUGGUGGCCCCCAGUUCAGGUUUCUACUCCAAUUUCCCACGGUUGCUCUGCAUCACCAGGAACUGAACCCCCUGAACACCACUGCCACCGCAUGAAAAAAAAUCUCCGUUUUAUAAAUAAUUUCUAGUACUGUAUAUUCAAAAUGCACUGUUAUUUUACAAUAACCUUGUGAAAUAUUAAACAAGGCAUUGUAGAUUCGGCAUUGUUAAUGUCAAAACACGCAUACACUAUAUAUUUAUACCGUUGUAUUAUUAUUACUGGGUCGUUGAAAGUUCAACUCAGGACAAGCUCAGUGAGACAACUAGCCGGAUAUGAUCAGCAGAAACUCAUUGCGACUGCUAAUGGCUGAGUUGUGCUCUUCCUGCCAUAUUGAUUGUGGUAUUGCAAUUCGUGUAGUUACAGCCCCUCAAACCGAAGUUUUGCUUUGCAGGCAUGGGUGCAUAGCUAGUGACUGGCGAGUGUUCAGUGAGGAGUGAGAACGGGAGUCGGGUGCGUCUAGAAAGUGGUGAGUGUUAAGUGAGCGAUGCACGUCUAUUUAGUGUGUCGGAUGAGUUGCAGGUUAGUGGUGUCCGAAGGUCAGCCGAGUAGAGAUGGUUAGGCGAGUCGUAUGUACUGUAUGUUGAACUUCUUUCGCACCAUACGUAGCCUAGCAGUGCCUGGUGAAUGAGUACUGUACCGUGUCCAGUGAGUGCAGGAUGAGUGGUGAUUAGAGUGUUUGGUGAAUCGUGACUUUGUGUUAGGUGUCUGGUGAAUGUGCACUAACGUUCACUAGUAGUUUACAUAAAUCAGAAUGUUGUUUGCAUUUUUUAUUUUAUUUUUCACCAAUCA